AUAUAUAAAAGGAACCCUUGUCUUUCAGUUCUGUCUUUUCUUUCACGCCACACUCUCUCUAAUCUCUACCUCGCACCCUCGCCUCCCUCCACCCUUGCGCUGAUCGUCCUCUCCACCGUCGAAUAUUCCUCUCUCUCCGGGCUUACGUAGCACACCAGAUGUCUGUUGAUCUCCGCAAGAAGAACCCAUCUUUUCUUUGGUGUGACUGUGGUUAUAUGAGCAGGGGCAGGUUGUGGUGCUUCCAGAUAAUCUUGUUCAGGCACUGGACUUAGCUACCGUGCUCUCUCUCUCUCUCUCUCUUCUUUUCUUCCUCUUUUCUCUGCAAUCUUCUGCUUGAUUUGAUUACAAAGUAUUCGCCUUUACUGCUCCUGUUACUGUGAACUUGAAGAAAUAGUCUUUUUUUGCUGCGCAAAACUCCUUACCUUGCUGCUUGUGAGGAGUUUUCUUUAGCCGAGUGCAAGUUUUCCCCUUUGGAUCAGCCAAUGGGGAAAACUGAGCUGGCUCCUGGGUUUCGGUUUCAUCCGACUGACGUCGAACUCGUGAGAUAUUACUUGAAGAGGAAAGUGUUGGGGAAAAAGCUCCUCGUUGAUGCUAUUGCUGAUCUUGACAUUUACAAGUUCGAACCCUCUGACUUGCCUGAUAAGUCGUACAUAAAGAGUGGGGAUCUUAAGUGGCACUUCUUCUGCCCAAGGGCGAAGAAAUAUGCAACCGGUCUUAGGGCUAACCGUGCAACUGAGUGUGGUUACUGGAAAACCACUGGGAAGGAGAGAGCCGUUCUCUGCAAUGGUGAAUCUGUUGGAAAGAUUAAGACUCUGGUUUACCACGUUGGUAAGUCGCCUCGUGGGGAGCGGACUGAUUGGGUUAUGCAUGAAUACAGGCUCGAGGACAACGUGCUGACACAGAAGAAUAUUCCUCAGGAUACUUAUGUCCUGUGUGUUCUGUUCAAGAAAGAUGGACCGGGACCUAGAAACGGAGCUCAAUACGGAGCUCCUUUCAAGGAAGAGGACUGGAGCGAUGAGGAGCAUCGUACUGAUGUUCCUUCUACCAGCAAUGCCUCAAUCUUCCUUCAUGGGCUUAACGCAGAAACCAGACUGGCUGUGGCGCCCUCGCAUGACUCUAACAAGGCUUGUUUUGGUGGCAUGAUGUCUGAAUCAUGCGUCUCUGAUUUCCCACCAGCUACAGCUACUGCCAGCGUGGCUGCACAUCUGACUGAUGCAGCUAAUGCUCCUAUGCCGGCAUCACUUCUUGAUCCUAGUAGCAGCGCCUCCUUGGCGCAAACCCUUCAGGCCCCUAACGACGAUGAUGACUUGUAUGCAAUGUUGGAUCUGUUUGUUGAUGAGGAUGAGUUCUUGCCUUUCUCUGAGCCCAACACCAACGAGGCAAGACAUGAUCCCAAUGUCUCAGCUCCAAUUUCGUUAGGAGAAGAAGUGAUAUUCGACGACCUACCCGACUUUAGCAAUAUGCAUGACAACAACAGCAUUCCAAGGACACCCUCUUACAACCUGAUUGAAAACUCGGAGCUAUACUUGGAGCUCCAGGAUCUCACAACCCCGUUAGCACCACCGCAUGUUUGGAAUGUCAGCGACUCUUACCUGACAGCUCCACUCGCACCACCUCAAGUAGGGAGUGUCAGCGACUCUUACCUGACAGCUCCACCCGCACCGCCUCAAAACGGGAAUGUCAGUGAGCCUUUUCUGAGCCCUCAAGGCCACUUUGAUUUCUCCGCUGCUGCUAAUGAUGAUCCUUAUUCUUUUCUGCGUCCAUGGGACAAUACGGACCAGAGAUGAUAGAGCUUUGGUUCCUCCAACCAGGAAUCAUCUCCUCUGCCCUCUCUCCAUGUUUAAGACAGACCAUUAAACCAUGAGAUAAUGAGCGACAUUGUAUAUUUACAUUUCUGAAACUCUUUUAUGUCGCAAAUCUCCCUUUCUCAGCAUUCUCGUAUUACAUUGGAUUUCAAGUUUUUUUGUUUUGUUUCUGUUCCAUAAACUAGCUUAAGUUUAUGAUGAAGACCCAACUCGAACUGUCAUCAUUUAUCUCAAUGAGUUUCGCUUUC